AUGCAACGAAGCAAAAGCCUAUUCCACCGAUUGCCCCAAGAGGUAUUCGAUAUGAUAGCAAAAAGGAGCCCUCCAAACGCCACCAAAGAAGCUGCCAAUCAGGGUGCUAAGCGGGAGUGCGCCGACAAUAUCCUGUGGAGGGCCAUUUUUGCUACAGACGAAUGGCUCAAUCUCGCCGAGAGACUCUUGCAAGAGUCACCAUAUGUUAAAGCACCGGGGCCUAUCCUUAUCGGCAAGAAUUUAUCAAGCAUCGGUAAUCCAGACGUCAAAGACCCAAAACAUCAUCACAUUCUAUUAGCACCAAACGAUUGGACAGGUGAUCUGAGCUAUAACCUGGAUGUCUUUUUCAAUUCGCUGAGAGAGGACUAUCGUUAUCUUGAAAAGGGACACAAGGUCAUUCUUCCCCGGACUACUCUGGCGUUAGGUCCAGGGCAUGAUCUGCGUGUUCCAGGAAUUACUCUUUACAUCAAAAAUCUCAUGGUCUCCACAGAAACCAUUGAGCUUCCCAAGAAAGAGCUGAAACGGCUCUUCGACAAAAGAGCCAUCAGGACUCAAUAUACUUCAAGUUCGCUGAAAAAGAUCCAGAUGAUCGAGUCGUCGGAUGUCUGCGGAGUGAAGCAUAGACUUUCCAUGCCAGGUGACCUUAGUCCAAUCUGUGGCUUGACUUUCAAGACCAGCAUAGGUCCCUGGCAACUGCUUCUGCGUACCCCAGAGGCAGACAAGUGGGAACUACAUCCAAUGCAUCAAAAAGAAGGCCCAUUAUCAUAUGUGACCGGGUGGACUGUGAUCCGCAAGAGAAGGCUUCAAUAG